AGCUUUUUAUCCGAAAAUUUACCUGGAACAUUAUGCCUAAAACCAUCGUUUUGGAUUCCUUUCGUUACCUAACGAGUGAGGCCUGGAGGGCCCUUUUGGCAGUUGAAAUGGGCAUGAAGAACCACGAAGUUGUCCCUAUUGAGCUGAUUCAAAAAAUAUCCCGAUGUCGACGAACUGGUUCAGGAUUCACGAGACUUGUCAAAGACCAACUAAUACCAUAUGGACUAGUCGCCUACUCUUGUGAUCAGAAAAAAGCUGUCUCAGGGUACCGCCUCACAAAUUUGGGCUACGACUACUUGGCGUUGCACCAGCUUUUUAAUUCUGGUCAACUCUGUGAUGUCAAUUCGAUGAUCGGAGCCGGAAAGGAAUCAGACGUUUAUUUGGCUUCAGCUGGGGACAAUUGCGGUGUUUGGAAGGAUACAAACCUCAAAAAUGACCGUGAAAACGUCCCUCUGGUGGAAUCUGGCCAACCAGUCGUUAUUAAAUUCCACCGUCUCGGUCGCACUUCUUUCAGGAAGGUGAAAGAAAAGCGUGACUAUCACCAACACCGAAACACAUGUUCCUGGUUGUACCUCGAUCGCAUAGCAUCACAGAGGGAGUUCACUAUGAUGCAGGCCCUGCGCUCUAAUAGGGUGGAAGUUCCCGUCCCUCUAGCGCAUAAUCGCAACGCCGUCGUUAUGUCCUACAUAGAAGAAUCUGUUCAGCUUUCGCGUGUUCUACCGUUUUUACUCAAAGCUGCGGAUGGGUUGCUCGCGAGACACUUAUAUGUGCAGGCGAGAGAAAUGCUGCAUCAUAUGUGUUCAAUCGGGCUUAUUCACGGUGACUUCAAUGAAUUCAACUUGAUGGUUGUUGGACUCCGAAAUGUUGACCUGAAUACGAUCACAAAUGUUUCCAUUCUCAAAGUGACUCUCGUUUUGAUUGAUUUUCCCCAAAUGAUUAGUCGAGAUCAUCCUCUGGCAGAAAGCAUUUAUCAACGAGACUCAGAGUGUAUCGUGCACUUCUUCAGUCGGUAUUUUGAAAUUCCCGAAGGUGAUCUUCCUUCUCCUCUCAGCGAAGUUAACCGCACAGCCCAUGUUGACAUUGAUGUAAAGGCUCCAGGCUAUCCGUGCAAAAACCGAAGCCGGCGGAAGCCAAUGCCAGCAUUUUCAGAAAUGUUACUUGGCUGUACUCUUCGACGAAUUUCCACCGAACUUAGCGACACGGAUUCGGAAUCCACCCAGGGGGAUGCAUCCGACAAUAGCCUGAACAGUCUUGAGGAUGAAGAGGAGAAAGAUGAGGUGGGAUCGGAAGAUAGCUGGCAGACUGCAACUGAAGUGCUUAUAAGUGAGAAUGAAGAAGGCGGUUUAGGUGCCACUGUGAGCAAAUCAGUUGAUAAUGUCUUGACAGACGGAACCACUGACGAUGAGGUAUCUGUGGCACAUUUACAAUCGGAAUCCGAUGUUGGCAUCACAUAUUUGGACCAAAAAUCAAAGCAAACAGAACUUACUAAUCCCAAGGCUUCGUCUGGAUUUAUCUCUCGGGAGGAGAUUUUGGCUCGCCAUCGGCGCGAACAGCGAAAGAAGGAGCAGACUAAAUUUCAGAAGAAUAUCAAGCGCCAUUCGCGUGCUAAUUUCAAACGCAGUGGUCGGGCAUCAAUUAACGCAGAAUUGACUUUAUUUGGCUGAAACUGAUGUAUUUUCGGUUGCCAUGUACAGUGUUUUGCAGUUCGAGACCACUUAUUUUGUAUAUGCUUGCUUUGUUUUGUCUGUCUGCUCCUCUCCACGAGCUUUUUCUAUUUUUUGAAAUCUCUGUUACCCGAAUUUUUAACUUACGGUGUUAGGAUUCGACUUCAAAGUGAUUCAGCGCUCACUUAGACUUCAACAUUUGUCUAGGGUAGCAGUUCGAUUUCCUAACUAUACUAUGUUCUCGAGGGGUAGUGAAUCUGGUUGCCUUGCCUCACG